GUGAAAACAGAGUGGUGUGUGUGCUGUGAAUUCAAAGCUGGGUGGGUCUACACUGUUUCACAUUCCCAAAUAACUCCCGGGGCCGCGCGUUAAAGCACUUUCAGUUUUCAGAAGGCCACGAUGUUGAUGCUGGCUGGAAUCGUUGUUCUGCAUGUUACCACCAUCAUCCUUCUCCUGGUGGCCACCAUUGAUAAUGCCUGGUGGGUCACUAACACAGUGUCAACUGACCUUUGGGGCAGAUGGGUGUCGACGAACUCAGACUGGCAUUACACCAACCUGAAAGACGGUUAUCCAGAGGAGUAUCUCCAGGCGGUGCAGGCCACGUCAGUGCUGGCCUGCAUUUUUGCCAUUCUGGCCUUGUUUGUGUUUGUGGCUCAGCUGUUCACCCUGCCCAAAGGCCAGAGAUUCACCUUUACCGGCGUUUUGCAGCUUAUCGCCUGCCUGUGUAUAAUGAUAGCAGCCUCCAUCUACACGGCCGAGCUUCACACCAAUGAAACGGAGGGAGGCUACGGCCACUCCUAUGUCCUGGCCUGGAUCUCUUUUGUCCUCACCUUCAUCCUAGCAAUCACGUACCUCGUCUUGCGGAAGAAGAGCGAGUAAGAGGGUGAAAGGAAUGAGGGCAGGCCUGUGAUCAGAUUACCAGCUUGAAUUUGGGAAAUUAAAAGAACAGGAUUUCAAAAAUUAGAGAUCAAAAAACUUUCGAUUGAUCUUCAGCUGCAGCUCGGAAAUGGGGGAUAAUGUUCAAUUGCUUACAAGAGCCAUUUGUUUAUAUUUUGAAUUUUAGAAAUUUAGAUAGAAUUUGUGCUUUCAAUACAAUAAGGGCUGAACGUGACAAUUCUGUUUGAUUGGGAGAUAGAAUAGGGGAUGUUUCAUUCAUGAGUAGGGUGGUGUGGGCUACAAAAUGAUGGUUGUGAUUAAGAGAGCGCAACCUUUACAAGUGCUUAUUUCAUAGCUGUAUAACCAUAAAGUAGUUAAUAAAUCAGUAGUUUUUUUGAAAGGUAAGGACACAGAGUUUUGGAGAACUGUCCAUAUCAGUUAGUACUGGAAUAGUUUUGAGAAAUAUGGUGAGUUAGAUGAGAGGACUGAUGCCAAUGUCAUAUCUGUAUAAGAAGUACGAAGCUACUGCAGCAGUUGGUUUCAAGACUGAAAACAGAUGACCAAACUAGUUUAAGGCAACAGAUGGUCGAGCAGUGGUUUUAAAGGUCCAGUGAGUAGUAUUUAGUGGCAUCUAGUGGUAAAAUUGCAACCAACUGAAACAUCUCUAAUGUAUCAAGGACACAGAAAAACUAUGAUGGCCAAAGCAAAAAUGCAAAUGGCCCAAUCUAGAGCCCGUGUCUGGUUUGUUCAGUCUGGGCUUCUGGAGAAACAACAUGGCAGACUCUGUGGACAUGGAGCUGCUUUGUAUGCAGAUGUAAGUGUUAUAUUCUAAGACUAGAGAACGCUACAAUUCUUAGUUUCACUAAUGAAAAUAUAGUUAUGAAGAAUAUAUCACAUUUCUGCCGAUAUGUACCCCUAAAUCCUACACACUGGACCUUUGAAAUUUGUGAGCUUUAGGCGCCAUGGUUUAUGGACGGAGCCAGAUUAGCAGUUUCCCCUUUUCCAAGUUAAGCUAACCAGCAGCCAGAGGUAGCUUCAAGUUUAACCUACAGAAAUGAGAGUAGGGUUGCAACGGUGGGAUAUUUUCAAGGUAUAACUGUCUCAGAAAAAACCAAUGGUCAAACAAAGAUUUUAUUGCUAUAAUAGAAACUUAAAAUUUUAAAAAGUCUCUGUUUUAGAGGGAAAAAAAAGAUAAAAAUAAAAAUACAAAUAAAGGUGAGAUUCACCAUGUAGUUAUGUUUUUUUCCAAACAUGUAAAUAAUUAAAUGUAGACAGUAUGAUAACCUUCAAUCUUCAUACUACAGUAUACCUUGACGUUAGCACACUGCUGCACCCCUAAAUCAGAGUGGUAUCAAUCUCCUCAUCUAUCUGCAAGAAAGAAACUGAAUUAUUUCCCAAAAUGUCAAACUAUUCAUUUCAGAAUCAAACAAAGUUGGCCAUGUGAGAGGAGUGCAAGAAAAAGCCCUCUUGAAAUUUGGUCGUUCAUAUUCUCUGAGAUCUAAGUACUCCUCAUCCUGUAUACUACCGUGAGGCGGAUAGUUACUACUGCAGGUUUCCAGAUUGGAGUGAUAAAUACUGUAUCUGUGAAGGUACGGCAUGUUGGCUAAACUACAACAUUCCUGUUGCAGUACUUGAACAAUCGGGAAAGACAAGCCUUGAUAUACAGUACAAGUAGUUUUAAUCAUGUAUCCUCAUUUUACAGCUUUCGUAUAGUGUAUCCUUUUUAAUCUAUGUACAUUGUAACCAUUAUAUUUUUGUAACAUUUUGUAUUGUUUGUUUUAGCCAUGUUUGAUUUUGUGUCUGUAGUUGGCUGCUAUCAUAAGAAAAGUACAUGCAGUGUGUACAAGUGAACAUUAAGUGAACCAGGGAUGGAGAACAAUGGUGUUUGAUUUCACCAUAAUUCAAAACUAUGCAAUAGAUGGUUUUUUUGUAAUUACUUUGGAAUUGAAGCCAUAUCAUUGAUUAAUAAAACUUAUAACUGAAA